AUGAGUAUAUAUUAUGAUUCACAUAUUAAAAAGAAAGAUAAUAAUUUGAAUAAAUGUUCAUGUAUCGAAGAAGAAGAAGAAAAAGAAGACAAUUAUGUAUUUAUUGAUGAGAAAUACAAAGAAUAUUUUGAUAGUAUGAGUGAUUUAUUUGAAGACAAGGUUGAAUAUAUUUUAAGAAAACAUUUUAAAAAAAAUGAUCCAACAAAUAAAAAUAAAUUACUUUGUUUAAAUGUAUGUGUUUUAUGGCAAAAAAAAUUUUUGUUACUUUUGAGUAAAACAUUAAAUGAAUAUGAAGAAUAUAAAAAAUUAAAUAAUUUAGAAAAUGAAAAAGAUGAGAAAGGAAUAGAAAAAGAAAGUAAUGGAAGAAAUAAUGCACUAGAAGAAGAAAAAAAUGAUGAAAAUAAUAAAAUUUGUAUUGAAAAAGAUUUAAAAAGUUUUAUUAAAAAUGUCAAAAUUGUUGAUAAUAAAAAUAUUGAAGUAAUUUAUGAUAGUAAUGACUUAAAUGAUGAUAAUAGACCAUCUGCUGAAUUAUCAACAGAUGAAAUUUAUUAUUUAUUAGUUGAAUCAAAAAAAAGUGAAAAUGAAUAUAAAAAAAAAAUUUUUACUUUUUUAAAAUAUUUGCCACUAUUUAUAAAAUCAAUUGAAAAUAAAAGUUUGAUAGAAAAAAAAAUUUUGGAAGAAAAAUUAUUAUUAAACAAUUUACAUAACAAAAAUAAUCAAAACGAGUUAUUAAAUGUAAAUGAUUUAAAUGAAAAUGAUAAUGGAAAUAUAUCUACUAUAGAAAUAAAACAUAAAUUAGAUGCAAUUGUAGAUUUUAAUUAUAAUUUAUCAGAAAAUUUAGAAACUCUCUUUAAAAAUGGUAUUGGAAAUAUGCAAGCAAAAAAUUUAAAUAUAUUUUCUAAUGAUAGUAUUCAAAUAAUGAAUCAAGAAGAAAAUAGAAAUAUUGAGAAUUUUAACAACAAUCAAAUAAAUAACGAUCAUUAUCAUCAUCUAAACAAUAUUAAUAAUUUAUAUUUAUCAAAGAAAGAUACAAACAAAAAAAAUAAUAAAUCUUUCAUAAUGCCAUUAUCUAAAAUAAAUGAUUUGACUUUAAUAAAUAACAUUAGUACUAAAUCAAAUAAUUGCACAAAUGAAGAAACAAAUGAAAAUGAAACAUCUUUUUAUAUUUAUAAAAAUAAUAUGGAUAAAAUGAAUUUAUAUGGUUUAGAUUUAUUAAUUAAUUUAAACAAUAAUUUAAUAUAUAAAAUUAAUCAUAUAUAUAGUCUUAUUCAAUUUUAUACUAUGUUGGCAAAAGAUAUAUUUAAUGAAACGUAA